GCACUGCCGUCUUACCAGUCUAAAUAUAGAAUUUCAAGAAAACAAACGUUGAAAUUUUCGCAUGUUUAUAUUUCCAAAUACGGCCGUCCUAGUCAGGAUGUUUUUCACUUUGUUAUUCGGAUUUACACAAUGGAUGUAAAGAAUGUACUGGUCUUCAAUACUGUACCACAAUGAUCACCUCGUCAUUCUUGGAGUUACUAAUGAUUGCUGGCGCUGUUGGUCUUGGAUUUAUGAUUUGCUUCUGGUGGAUAAAACUUCGCCGGAACCGACUAAGCAGAGGAUCAAAUGUAAUUUUUGUUGACGAAACAGCAGCGUAUGGAGUUUCAGCGGAGAACGUAAUCAGACCAUCAAAUGAAAAUUAUGACAGUCAAGAUACGACGCAAAAACCUUCAGCCCAGAAUGUGAACAGAGGAUUAAAUGAAUAUCCUUCUAGCCAAGCUACAGCAUACGGACUCCCAGACUUACCAAAGAGCGAUUAUAAGGUUAAAUCUCCGUAUGACGAACUCGGAGACCUCGUUCAACCAAAAACGGAAGAAGACCCUGACGACGAGUACGAAGAUUAUAACCAAUGUACGGACGCUAUUGAAAGCAUUUAAAAUAAAAGAAUUGGCUGUAGAUUUAUGUGUCCCUGGAUGAAAAUUACACAAUACAGUACACCAUUAACUGAACAGUCUCCCACCGCAAUGACGUGUGGUGUAGUUUCACACGCAACGAUUAGAAUUUGACAAUGUGUUAUUGAAAAGAUCAUGCCAAGUAUUAUCUGUUUCUUCUUAUCAUAUUUUAUAUCAGAGUGUAACGUUUUUACAAUGUUUUAUUUCACAUGUUCACAUACUUCUCAGUCUGUUAACCCAUGAUGUAUAAAAACAGUUCCACGAGCGCCUUAACAAUUGGCAUGAAUCAUGUCAGACUGCAUUUGACCCAAAGUUGAUAUUACAGGGGUUUAAACGGUCUCGUUUUAAAGUCAACAUUUCGCAAAUUCUAUGGUCGUUAUAAUGAUCGAAUUUGCCAAUACAGCUUCUGGUCAUCCAGUGUUUGCCCAACUCUCUAAUUGUAUUCCUUGUAGUAGUUAUGAGAUUGAUCACUGUUCGUUAUCUCCACCUUUCAUGACAGAUAUACAUAAAUUAUUUAUAUGAAUAACCAACUUUAUUAUGCUUAUAAGUUGUACAUGUGUAUAUCUCGAUUGUAUUUCCUUUUACGAUAAUUUCAUGUUUUGAUGCAUGUACAUCCAACGCUUGGUACGUCCCCUCGAAGAUGUGCACUUCAAUUUUAACUUUGUAAACACUGUCUUCAUCGAAGAAAACCAUUCAUCCGACCCCAUGCGAUUUGUUUCAUAUUUACCAUUUGUUUUGCAUAUCUGUGCAUAAAUACAAUAUUUAUUUUGUAAUACAUUUUUGUAAGAAUUUUUACUGAUGGCUUGAUUAUGAAUUUGCGAUACCAAUAUGGUAUCUGGCCUCAAUAUUUUGUCUUAAGUAUGACUUUUCUUUCAAUCAUAUCUUAUUGAUUUUAUUUGCCUUGAAACUAUUUCUUGAUUUUAUGC